CUACAGAAACAAGUCGGAUCUAAAACUUUAAUACCCAACAGGAAAACAAACGUCAGUGUGGAGCAGAGGGAGAGCCUUAAGUCUCAGCAGGCUGGACAGCAGAUGGUGACGCUGCAGCAGCACUUCUCCAGCAUGGAGGAGACCGUUCAAUCACUACUACAGAAUCAGGACUCACUGGAAGGGUGCAAAGUGGACCAAGUGGAUUUAAUGAAAGCAUACAAGGAUAAAAUCCUGGAGGAAAUGUGGAAGCAGCAAGACAGGCCGGAGGAUCCCACAGCCCCAGCAGUUGAGAUGCCUGCUUCCCCUGAAGCUGGUGCCAGAUCAGAGGAAAAUUCUAAGGAUAACAACAUCCUGCUUGAGCGCCUCAGAGCAUUGGAGGUGGCAAACUGUGCUCUGUCAAUAGAAAAUGACAACCAAAGAAAACAGUAUGAACGCUGUUUGGACGAGGUUGCCAACCAGGUGGUCAAGGCCCUUCUCACACAAAAGAAUCUGAAAGAAGAGUGUCUUAAGCUGCGGACCCGUUUGUUUGACUUAGAGCAACAGAACCGAAGAAUGAGCGCAGUGUUUCAACAAUGUGUUAAAAAAUCCUCGAUUUCUGUCUCUCAGGAUGUUCCAAGAAAUGGAAAAGCAGUUAUUACUGCAGGGAGAUGGCCAAGCCAUCUGAGUCUAACUUGUCCACGCAGUAGUGGCAGUGGCAGUGAAGCAGCUCCAUCCAGUGCUUGCGGUGACUACUCUAAUGGCUCCUAUACUUGGGCAGAAGGACAUGGUUUCUCAAAGCAGAAUACUAUAUAA